AACACGAAGCGGUCUAGUAGCCGGAGACGACAGAGAGGUGUGUGGGGAGAGACUCUCAUACAUACUCCAGGUUCAGAAGUGGUCUGCUGUCAGGCCGUCCCGGGAUUAGUCCCAGAUGCCAACAGCACGUUGGGCCGAGCGGCAGCUCUAAGCGGCGGGCAAAAACUCCCUCCGUCACAUCCCACCAAACGCCAAAGAACCUCCCUCCUUCCUCCUCACUUUUUAGCGCUGCCCCUCAACCACCGGUGUUAUUUCUCUCCAAACAUCAAACUCCAAGGAAUACCCUGUCUCCAAUACGCAGCGCUAUCCACGCAAAGAAAUAUUCACACAAACUAUGCCAUCCACAUCUGUGGCUUUGACGCCAGGGUUGGCGUCUUUUCUCCGGUCGUUGAAGACCAAUCCGAUUGACACAUCUAUCGAUAAUCUGAUCUCACUCCUCAAGCGAAGACAAAUUCGUCACUCCCGAUCAUGCGCUACCGCGACCGCUUACCUUCUCCUUCGUGUCAUCUCGGCCUGUCGCACAUCAGAUGCAGCUAAGCUUAUUGAGCGGGUCCAGAGUGUGGGAAGGCGGCUGAUGGCUGCGCAACCUAAGGAAAUGGUAGUUGGUAACAUCGUCCGGCGCGUGUUGGGCCUGAUCCGGGAUGAAGCCGAAGACGACAGGGAAGCCGACUUCAACCUGAGUGAAGCAGGCUCCGAGAGCCAGCCUCAAACGCCCCGUGCCUUGGAUGAUCCUUCUGAAUAUUCAUCUGGCCGUUUCGAAGGCUCGGACCGAGGAUCUUCUCGACCACCGUUGUCGCAGCCCGCACCGAUCUCCAUGUUCAGUCUACUUUCACACCCGGAGCCCGAAACGUCGCUUCCCGGCACUCCUGCAUCGGCUUCCCCAUCCGGAAGAUUGCUGGGGCACGCACAAAGCAAGGACAUUCGUGCCGAGGUUCUCGAAGGUGUCAACGAGAUCAUCGACGAAUUGGGUCAAGUAGACGACCAGAUUGCGGCCUACGCCCUCGACCAUAUUCACUCCAACGAGAUCAUCCUCACCCAUACAUCGUCCACUACCGUCCAGAAGUUCUUGCUGAAAGCUGCUGCCAAGCGGAAGUUCACCGUGAUUCACGCCGAAUCCUACCCCAACAACCACGAAGCGACCCAUGCCACCGUCAGCGGCAACAGUACUGGCGAUGAAGAGAUCCUGAGCACUGAAUCUUUCCAAAAGCCUCUGAUCGCUCUGGGUAUCACCGUCAUCCUGAUCCCGGAUUCUGCUGUGUUCGCGCUCAUGUCCCGAGUCAACAAGGUCAUCUUGGGCACACAUUCCGUUCUUGCCAAUGGUGGGCUGGUUGCCUCCGCAGGUACUCGGGUUAUUGCUCGCGCAGCAAAGGUUCACCAGACCCCUGUGGUGGUUGUGAGCGGCGUAUACAAGCUUAGCCCCGUUUAUCCGUUCGACUUCGACUCGCUGAUCGAAUAUGGCGACUCCAGCAACGUUAUCAGCUACGAGGAUGGUGACUUGGUGGAUCAGAUUGACGUUCAAAAUCCUCUGUACGACUACGUCCCGGCAGAGUUGAUCGACCUUUAUAUCACCAAUUUGGGAGGUCACGCUCCGUCUUAUCUUUACCGUAUUGUGUCCGACCACUAUCGCAAGGAGGAUAUCAGCUUUUAAGCAUCUGGUUGAAGAGAAGAAAAAAAUGACGAAAAAUGAAAAAGGAAUUGGUAUUAGAAAAGCAUGGCUACACACCGGCGUAAGGAUUGUAAUAGACAAAAUAUGAGGGACGAUACCCACCGGGAUAACACAAGGACUCGUGGAAGACACGUAGUUAACCCUAAAUGGAAUAGUUAUGAAUCAAGAUCAUAUGAUAUGGAUCAUGCGAUAAGAUCAAUUCGAUGAACAUUGUACCCGGAUGUUCCAGCCUAAAACCCAAAAUAUAUUAUUGUGAAAAUCGUUACGGAC